AUUUUAGUCUGUGCUGUAACACGACUUCUGAUUAGCAUGCUUGCUCUCAGGAACACCGUUCUGCACAGCCUUAAAGCUGUCAAGUCUGACCAGGCACGGAGUUUCAGGCUGGGGAGGACAUCUUUAGGAUGUGUGAACCUGAAGGGACGCAGUUUCCUCACGCUGAAAGACUUCAACCCUGAUGAGAUCAAGCACAUCCUGUGGGUGUCUGCUGACCUAAAGCAUCGGAUCAAGCAUGAAGGACAGUAUCUUCCUCUCCUUCAAGGCAAAUCUAUUGCCAUGAUAUUCGAGAAGAGAAGCACUAGGACCCGCAUGUCCACUGAAACAGGGUUCGCUCUGUUGGGAGGUCAUCCAUGUUUCCUCACCCCUCAGGAUAUUCACCUGGGUGUAAAUGAGAGCACAAAAGACACAGCCAGAGUGCUCUCGAGCUUCACUGAUAUUGUGUUAGCCCGGGUGUACAGUCACUCCACUUUGGAGCAGCUGGAUAAGGAAGCUUCUAUACCAAUUAUCAACGGCCUCUCUGAUCUUUACCAUCCUAUACAGAUACUAGCUGAUCUGCUCACACUGCAGGAGCAUUACGGUUCUUUGAAGGGCCUGACAGUGUCUUGGAUAGGUGAUGGUAACAAUGUCCUCCACUCCUUCAUGAUGUCAUCGGCCAAAUUGGGAAUAAAUCUGAGAAUAGCUACACCAAAGGGUUAUGAACCAGAUGCUAAUGUCACUCAGGAGGCGCUGCGUCUCUCUAAACAGUUUGGGACAGAGCUGCACUUGUUUUCAGAGCCACUGGAGGCAGCUCAGGGCAGCAAUGUGCUGGUGACAGACACGUGGAUUAGCAUGGGCCAGGAAGAUGAAAAGAUGAAGAGGCUGAAGGACUUCCAUGGCUACCAGAUCACCAUGAAGACAGGAAGUGUAGCAGCACAAGACUGGACUUUCUUGCACUGUCUCCCACGAAAGUCAGAAGAAGUGGACGACGAGGUUUUCUACUCGCCGCGCUCACUGGUGUUUCCUGAGGCUGAAAACCGCAAAUGGACCAUUAUGGGGUUGACUGCGUGUAUCCUGACCGACUACAGUCCUCAGAUCCCCAAACUGAAACUGUAGUGUUUCAGUACUGAACUUCAGUCCUUAAAUAGUUCAGGAUCUCUUCAUCUUUGUUCGUUAAUUCAUCUCCAGUAAUCACUUUAUUUAAAAAAGCUAAAAAAAAAUUAAAAUAAUUAAAAAUAAAAAGAUUUAAUCUUUUAAAAUUUUUAAAAGAUUAAAAAAAUAUUUGUAUGGAUUUUGUUACGACAGAACAGCUCCAGUGUGUGGCAGAUUAAACCUGGAGAGAUUAUUGAUUAAUUCACUCUCUAGCCUGCAGAGGGCGCAACCAGCAUGUUUUAAUAAUAAUAAUAAUAAUAAUAAUUAUAAUAAUUAUUAUUAUUAAGAAUUGGGCAAAUGAUGCAUUUAAGUCAUUUACUAUUUAUUUAGUGAUAAUUAUUGAUAUUAAUGAUAUUUAUUAUUAAAAAUACACUUGCAGCAGCUCUAUUACUUCCAGCCCUGUUGAUUUUUUUCACUUAAUUUUCUGGAUAAUUAUAGUAUAGUCAGGACUGGCUCUUGCAAUAAUCAAACUGGGUCCUAAACAAGAUUUGAACUGGGGCCCUCCUCGCCAGAAUAACUCAUUUUGCAUAAUUUAUUACAAUUUUUGGUUUUAUUAGAGAGUUCUUCACUGAUUAAUUGGAAUAUUUUAUUUUAUAAUUAUAUUGCUUGACCUACACAAACAUUGCGUGCGGUUUGCAAACGUUUGCAUCCCUGAUGAUCUGUGUGAAAAGGUUUAGUAUUGUAAGGCACAUACUUGGAAUAACAAGGAACACUUGGCAGGUACCUACUCAUGGAAUGCUGCAAAGUCAAUAAUGAAUCGGUUUAUAAAAGUGAGUAAUCGACUACAAGGUCACUCCGGGGUCAUCUGCCCGCCAAUACAUACAAGGCAAGCUUAUCCUCAAGGCAUCCAGUUCUCCAAAUGUUUUGCUGAUGUGAUCGCUAGCAAAAAGGCAGUGUUUAGAAAGACCCAUUUGAGCUUAGCGUUCUGCAUACACUCAUAAAGGGAGUUGAUGUGGGUGUCCAGUAUAAGAGUGAGAUCAUCCAUGGUGGACGGGUUCCUCUCAAGGUUUCUUCCUCAUAUCAUCUCGGGGAGUUUUUCCUCACCACCGUCUCCACCGUCUCGCUCAAUAGGGAUAAAUCCACACACUUAAAAUCUCUAUCCUGUGUUUAUAUGCUUCUGUAAAACUUUUUUGAGACAACGUCCGUUGUUAAAAGCGCUACACAAAUAAAAUUGAAUUGAAUUAACUGAA